AUGCCCAUCAGUCUACUACCCAUCGCAUUUUUUAAUGCGCAUCCCUCAUCCUACUAUAUAGCAAGAUGUCGUUUGGAUACUCCGUCGGCGAUUUCAUUGCUGGAGCAAACCUAAGCUACCGAUUGCUCCAAGCCUUGUCCAGCAGCCGCGGGCCCACGCAGGAGUACCAAGAAGCUGUCAUGGAAAUUGGUGCCAUACAUCAGACAUUCCUUCAGGUGGGACGGAUGACAAGUAAUCCAACCUUGAGCCAUGCGACGGUAAAUGCAGCAUCAUGUAUUGUGCUCUCUUCGAUGAGCAUAAUGGACGAUUUCCUAGAGAAAACAAAACGGUACCGAGAACGGUUAUGCGGAAGGGCGCCAGGAAAUACUCUCUCUGAUAGCUGGCAGAAGAUGGGAUGGGUAUUAUUUAAAAAAGAGGAGCUAAGGGCCCUCAAAGACGCGUUGCACAUCAAACUAAGCAGUAUUUCGGUUUUACUUGCUACAGCCCAAUUCCACGAGCAUAUACCAUCUGCAGUUUCGCAAUAUCAAGUCAAAUCUCUGAUUUUACCGUCGAUAUCAUCGUCUCUGCUACCGUCUGAUUCACAACAUCAAGUCAAGUCUCCGAGUUCACCGUGGAUAUCAUCAUCUCGAUCGUCUCUAUCGUCUCUGUCGUCUCUAUCGUCUCUGUCGUCUCUAUCGUCUCUGUCGUCUCUAUCGUCUCUGUCGUCUCUAUCAUCUCUAUCGUCUCAACCACCGUCGGAUUCGCAGUUAGAAAUACCUCAACCUUUACCGAAUACACUAGAUAUGGAUGAAAAAGAUGAUGGCAUAGAAGCAAGAUUUGCCAAAUUAGAAGAGUUCAUGAAUCAGCGCCACACAAAAGAGCCAGCUAACUCACCAGAGGCUGUUGAUAUCGAAAGUACAGCUGUAAAGCAUAGUGACAAAGAAAGCAAGGACUCAUUGAAAGAUUCGAAAGCAGGGUCUGAACCUUACAAGGAAGUUGGCAUGGUUUCUCGGUUUGAGAAGCUUUUGAAGGCACAGCAGCAGAAAGGACUUCAAGAUUCAGAUCUACUGAUAGACCUUGAGAAGAUGAUGAUGAGAAUAGAACGCGGGACACAAAUGCCACUAAAGUUCAAAGACGCUGUAGGACGCAAAUUUACGGUCCCUUUCCAUAUCGCCUGCACAUGGGUGGGUAUGGAGGACUUUAUUAGGCAAGCCUUCAUUCAUGUAGAUGUUAUCGGGCCACACGUUCAAAAGGGACACUACGAUCUAAUCGGCCCAAACGGCGAGAUAAUUCUGCCACAGGUGUGGGAAACUGUUGUCGAGUCGGAUAUGUUCAUUACUAUGCAUAUGUGGCCGAUGCCGGAGCGGCCUAAAAAAUCUAGGAAUGGCGAUGAUGAUGGUCAAUCUAGCCGUUCUGCGUCUACGACAUUAGUUGAUCCAGAUGGGCCAUCUCCCUCGGAAUCCAAGAAAGGUAGACACUGGAGAAUGUUCAAGAGAUGGCCAAACUCCACGUCCAAGGACAAGUAG